AUGGAGGUCCAAAUUCCCUCUCCGUCUGUCUUUCUGAAGAAAUCUCCGGUCCUCACUCCUGCACCCAGUGUGCCAGCCAAACGAUCCGCCAUCCCCAAAUUGAAAGCGAAUGCUUCCACCAAACCUCCUCCUAAACCUACGACGACGCUUCAGGAUGGUGCGGUGACCAAACCGAAGCAGAGUAAGAGCCGAAAUGGUUGUAUGACUUGUAAGAAGAAGCGCUUGAAAUGUGACGAGACAAAACCCUCGUGCGUGCAAUGUCAGAAGCGGAGUGUGGUGUGCGAAGGGUAUAAGAAGGACUAUAAGUGGCGGACCUUCGAAGAGACUACCUUCGCUUCCAAACCCGCCGCGAAACGAAAAGCCUUCCGGUCAACCUCUUUCUCUCUCGAUCAUAACAGUGCCCGACCACUUAACAUUGCAGCUAACCCUCGACAUGCCGAUAUCGAGGAGUCCAAACCUCCGCAGACAUGGUCCCCAGGUCUUCAUUCGGCCUUUGCAACGGCAGCCCACGCCUUCCACGGCCAGAACCAGGACCAAGGCCUCCCUUUUGGCGCUGAGCAGCAAGGAGACAAUGAGUUCGAGAGACGUCCCUUACCUCAUUUCAACCUUGCGCCCAACUCUGCGUUCAUGCCUCUGUUUGACGCCGAAGACAUAUCCCCCGAAUUCUCCUAUCCCAACCACGGCGAUCCUUAUAACUUUCUGGCCACAACAACCACCGCCUCAUCCACAAAUGACAGCAAUAGCGCCAAAUCCUUCUCCUCGGGAUCUCCUCAGCUUAUGGAUCUUCUCCUUCCCGGGACCGACCUGAAUCAGCCUCCAGAUCCGUCAGAGAUGCGGCCUCCCCAUUCUCCUCUGCCAUAUCAACCGUCAAAUUUUGAUCCCAAUAUGGCCAUGGACGAGGACUUUGAUGAGGAGAUAGUCAGAUCGGACGCCGUAGCCACCACCUCUGCAAUACCUUCAAUGCCGCUUCCAGCUCCGCUCUCUCUUGAUCAGGGCUCGGGCGCCUCAUCGUGGCAAGGUUUCCGGACAGCAUCUCCUACGCCGAGUGGAGCAUCCACACCGUCUUCGAGAUCCAGCGACAUGACAAUCUUAGCGCAACCAACAUUAGACGCUUCAUCCCCCGAGAUGCUCAUGCUCCGCUUCGACAAGCAAACAUGCGGCAUCCUAUCAGUCAAGGACGGCCCGACCGAGAACCCCUGGCGCACGUUGAUCUGGCCCUUAGCCCGCGAGUCUCCCGCCCUCUACCAUGCGAUCUCAUCAAUGACAGCCUUCCAUGGCGCACAUGAGAUUCCAGACCUGCACAUGCCGGGCAUGGCGCAUAUGACCAAAUCAAUCAAGCGGCUCGCCUUCGAAAUCGAGAACAUGCGGCUUGACUCAGCACUGGCAACGUCACUAGCCCUCGCAUUCAGCGAAGGCUGGGACAGCCAUGUAAGUACCGGUGUGCAACAUUUGCGAGGUGCCAAGGUCAUGGUCAACAACGCCAUUGUCAAACAUCGGCGAGAUAUGCAAUUAGGUCAGAUGACAACGCAGGACGCCUGUCGCCUAAGAUUUCUAUGCAACACGUUUGUCUACAUGGACGUCAUUGCCCGCUUAACGUCGCUGGAAGAAGCUCCGGAACUGAACUUUGAAGAAAUCCUGCAAACGGUGAAUGCCCCUUUUGGCGACCAAGUUGAGGUGGACCCGUUGAUGGGCUGCGCAACCACCCUUUUUCCGUUGAUUGGCCGCGUAGCCAACCUGAUUCAGCGAGCACGCAAAACCAACUCGAAUUCGUUGACCUUGGUGUCCACGGCCAUGGAACUGAAAGAACAACUACAGCAAUGGCAAAUGCCCAGUGCGAUGGGUUUCGAAAGACCUGAAGAUCCAAACUCGGAAGUGCAGCACUCGAUCCAGACGGCCGAGGCCUACCGCUACGCCACCCUGCUCUAUCUCCACCAAGCUGUCCCCGAGAUCCCCAGUGAUCCUUGCCAAAGUCUCGCAAAGAAAGUACUCGUCACUCUCGCUUCGGUACCCUUGUCAUCUCGGGCAACGAUUGUCCAGAUCUUCCCGUUAUUCGCCGCGAGUUGCGAAGUCAGCGAUCCCGACGACAGGAGCUGGGUCAUGCAGCGAUGGGCAGCGAUGAUGACACGCCUUAAGAUCGGCAACGUCAAUUCUUGCUGGCAGGUUGUGCGGGAAGUGUGGAGCCGGCGCGAUGCGUACGAAAGCGAGAAAGCCAGCCGUUUGCUAAAACGGUAUAACUCCAGAGGCGUUCCGGGGGGCAACUUUGUCCCACCGGUCCUCAAUAUGCCACCUGGGUCGAAGCGCAAACCUCACCCGGUCGAUCGCACAAGUGGAGAGGAGGGUGGUUUCCAUCUGGCACAGAGUCAGGCUCGAGAUGGCAAUGUCCAUUCUGCGGGGCGUGCAUCCUCGGUGGAUGAGAACGAAUUCGAUAUAGGGGGUCGCCCUAUCAAACGACGGACCACAGCAGACGCCAUGGGUAAUGGCAUGUCCAACGUCUCCGGCGGAAAUUUCUCAACGGCGCAAUCGAAUUCGGUUUCGGGGUCGUCGCGACGUCCUACAGGCGACAUCAUAUCACCAGAUCAACUCGAGUACGAAUACACGGUCCGAGGACGUCUUCACUGGCUGGGCGUUAUGGGCGAAUGGCAGUGGGAAGGUACGUUUGUUCUAGUUGUCCCUGUUGCCGUCUUUUCAGGAUUGCAUUGUUGUCUCUCCAACGCGCCCCAUUUUCUGUACUGCAUGGGAUGUGAAGAGGCAGGAAUUGUAUUGUCAAAUUUGCAUGAAUGCCUUGUGUCUAUCUCGAAUGGUUUCACGCUGGCUUUGCUGGAGCAUACUGUUCAGCCCUUUCCCCCAACAUGCUUUGGGAGCUAA